GGCUUUGGACUCCGCGACCCAAGGGCGCUGGCCGGUUGCGAAUUCGGUUCCAGCCUGCUAUUGCGCACGCGCCCCUCUGCCCGCGUUGGACACGAGGCCUAGUCGGCUAGGCUGCGCUCCCCGCAGUGACCCUUGGCGUCUCUACAUUUUAGGUUUCAGGGUUGAUAAUUACUUCAACGGAACAAGACUGGGCAGACUUGUUGAAAGAAACAUGGAUAUGUAGCAUAUUCUCGAAGAAGGACUUUGGAAUCGCUUGCUAGGAGUCUUCCCUCCCUCCCUCUCCUGACGCCCGCCAUCAUGGCAGUUCGCCUGAUGAAGCAAUGCACGUGCCUGUUGAGAGAAGCUACCCGCCUGGUCCCUACCAUUGCUCCAGUUGCCCGACUGAGACUUGCUGGGGUGGCCUGUAAGACUCUGACCUCCUCAGUCAGCUCCCCCUCCUCAGGUUCCUUGACGGAGCUGUUGGGAAAAGAGCAGGUGUUUACCCCCUACGCAGAGCACCAGGAGGUGGACUACCUCAUCGAGAAAGCCACCAGGCCAGAGGAGCUGCUAGAACUGCUAGGUGGGGAUCAUCACCUGCACCACAAUCAUGCAGCCCUCAUCCUCAUCCGGCUGUCUUACCUGCUGUCCGAGAAGCCAAAGGAAAAGGCCUUGCUUGUAGAGGAUGCUCGCUUUCAGCAGCUUGUCAGCCAGGUCAACAGUCAGAUAACUUCGAUCUGGCACGGGACCCUUGUGAAGCUGCUGCGGAGCCUGUACACACUAGUGCUUCCUCAGACCUCCAAGGAGCUGCAGUCGGUGGAGCAGGAAGUGCGCUGGCGUCUGCGGAGACUCAAGUACAAGCACUUGGUCUACCUGGCUGAGACCUGUGCCUCCGUCAUGCGGGAGCAGCACUCACAGGAGCUGCUGGCGGAGCUGCUGCUGCACCUGGAGCGGCGCUGGACCGAGAUCAGUGACAGCCGUACAGUGGUGACCGUGAUGGUGAAGGCAGGACACCUCUCAGAGUCACUGAUGAACCGCCUGGAAGACAAGUGCCUGGAGCUGGUGGAGCAGUUCGGCCCUGAGGAGCUGCGGAAGGUGCUCGUGACGCUGGCGGCACAGAACCGGCGGUCGGUGCCCCUGCUGCGGGCCAUCUCCUACCACCUGGUACAGAAGCCCUUCCCGCUGACGAAAGGCAUGCUGCUGGACCUGGCCUAUGCCUACGGUAAACUCAAUUUCCACCAAACCCAAGUGUCCCAGCGCCUAGCUGCUGACCUCCUGCCCUUCAUUCCCAGCAUGACACUUGGCGAGGUGGCCCGUUGCGCCAAGUCCUUUGCCUUCCUUAAGUGGCUCAACCUGCCCUUGUUUGAAGCCUUUACUCAGCACCUCCUGAGCAGGGCCCAGGAUGUCCCCCUGUCCCACCUGUGCAGCAUUCUUCUCGCCUUCGCCCGUCUGAACUUUCAUCCUGAACAAGAGGAUCAGUUCUUCAACUUGGUACAUGACAGGCUGGACUCCAUGCUGGGGAGCCUGGAGCCAGCCCUGCAGGUGGACCUAGUGUGGGCGCUGUGUGUGCUGCAGCAGGUUCGAGAAGCAGAGUUGCAAACAGUUCUCCAUCCUGGACUUCACCAACAAUUCCUAGGGAGCAAGUCUCCAAAGGAGCAGAGCACCUUCCAGAAGUUGGUCCACAUCAACACCACUGCCCUGCUGGAGCACCCUGACUAUAAAGGUCCUUUCCUGCCAGCCUCGGCUGUAGCCCUCAGCCCCUCGUCCUCGAGCAAGAAGAUGACCCCGCUCCAGAAGGAGCUGCAGGAGACACUGAGGACACUGCUGGGGAGCCCUGACCAGGGCAGCCUGGAGGUGGUCACCCAGUAUGGCUGGGUGCUGGAUGCAGAGGUGCUCCUGGAUGCCGAUGGCCGCUUUCUGCCCCUGAGGGAUUUUGCUGCUCCUCACCUUGCCCAGCCAGUUGGGAACCAGCCACUGCCCCCAGGAGCCAAAAGGAUCGCUUUCCUGCGCUGGGAGUUCCCUAACUUCAACAGCCGAAGCAAGGACUUGUUGGGCCGUUUUGUCCUGGCCCGUCGACAUGUGCUGGCUGCAGGCUUCCUGGUAGUAGAUGUCCCAUAUUAUGAAUGGCUGGAUCUCAAGUCUGAAUGGCAGAAAGGCGCCUACCUCAAGGACAAGAUACGAAAAGCCGUGGCUGAGGAGCUGGCCAAAUGACCUUUCCCAUCAGUUCAAGCUGCAUCCCAGAGACCUGACUGCUCAGUGGCCCAGCAGAGUGCUAGGCAAGUCAGAGUUGUCACCCUCGAGGAUGAGCCGUCUCUAUAGGACCUUGGGCAGCCGCUCCAAAGGACGGGUGGUCCUAAUAAAUCUUUGGUUUGGUGGA